AUGGACGCGCAGUUCCUGAUCAGGAAGUACGGGCUUGGCUGGAAGAAGAAUGACGACAACGUUUUGCACCUUACAGUCCGUGCAAAUUGCCCCGGAUUGAUGGCGUGGCUGCUCUGCCAACCAGGCUCCGAGUCGAUCCUCGAGAGCCGGAACGGCCUGGGAGAGUCUCCCCUGUGCCUGGCUACGCGCCUUUGCCGCGGAUGUGUGGCGAUGCGCCUCGUUGAGGCCCUUGCCGACCCUGGCGCGUGCGAUGACAAAGGCGAUUCCGCCGAAGCCAUGGAUCUGGACGGGCUUCUCCGAGAAGCAGAGCGAGAUGAGCGGUGCCGGCAAGCGGCCAAGGAGGAUCGCCUCCUGGCCGCCGUAGCAGAGGCUCGCCGCAAGCGAGAGGAGCUUGACUGGCGACGCCAGCUCUUCGAGACGAUGGGCCAGGUCAGUUUCUCCGAGAAUGUUGGAUCCUCUUCGACCUCAGAAGCACGUGAUCGCCUCGCGAUUGCUUCGAACCCGGGCCAAGCUUAA